AUGCAAAUUACCUCUCGUCAAUGGUUCAAAAAGAGGUUUUACAUAUAUAUUCUUGGCAAUAGGGUGAAACGUAAGAUUCGUGAAGAAGUUGGGGAUGCAAAAUUUUGUAUUUUGGUUGAUGAAGCACAAGAUUUGUCUAAUACGGAGCAAAUGGCCUUUGUAUUGAGAUUUGUUGAUAAGAAUGGUUUGCUUAGAGAACGAUUUUUUGGAGUUGUAGGCGUUAAAGACACCACUGCCUUAACUCUUAAAAAAGAAAUAUCAAAUGUUCUUGCUCUUUAUGAUCUCCAAGUUGAUAGCAUGCGAGGCCAAGGGUAUGAUGGAGCGAGCAAUAUGGCUACUGGUGAACUUCAGAGUGGUAAAGGAGCUAAUCAGAUUAAGACUUUGCAACGAGCAGGUGCCACUCGAUGGAGUUCUCAUUUUGGUUCUAUUAGUAGCUUGAUAGACUUAUUUGGUCCAUCUCGUAUAAUUAUUGAAAAUAUUUCAAAGAAUGGACCAACUAAUUCUAUACGUGGGGAAGCAAAAGGUGUUUAUCUUGCAAUGCUAUCAUUUGAAUUUGUAUUUAUCUUGCAUUUGUUGCGUGAGAUGAUGGGAAUUACUGAUAUACUUUGUCAAGCAUUGCAACGAAAAACUCAAGACAUUGUAAAUGCUAUGAACCUUGUUUCAAGUCGCUCUUGUCAACAAAAUGAUAGUAUUACAUUUAAUCAUCACUAUCAAGUUGAUAUUUUCAAUGCUGCUAUAGAUUUUCAAUUGAUGAAGUUAAAUCAAAGAUUCUCUGAAAGUACAGCGGAACUCCUUAUUCUUGGCAUAGCUUUGGAUCCUAAAGUUGCUUAUAAAUCAUUUAAAGUUGAUGAUAUUAACGAUCUUGUAGGGAAAUUUUAUCCUAAGGAUUUUCAAGAUGAGAUGCGUGCUUUGAGAAGCCAGUUGGAGCAUUAUAAGAUUGAUGUACUCCAUCAUCCAACAACAACAGAACGAGCUUUUUCGGUAAUGAAGCGUGUCAAAACUAAACUUCACAACAAGAUGGCCGAUGAAUUUCUUGCAGAUUGCAUGAUUCUCAACAUUGAAAGAGAACUUACUGAAGAUAUUGAUAUAGAUUCAGUAGUUAAUGAAUUUGACUCUCUUAAAGAUCGAAGGGUUCAUCUUCAAUAA